AUGCGGUCGCCGGAUCUCGUGGAUGAGGAUGUGGGUCGUCGUCCGCUGGGGCUGCGUCGAUCUAUGAACGACGGCGGCAUCAAGGGAAUCUUGGAAAAUCCUGAAGAUAUAGUUAGUUAUUUGAACAAGAAGGGUGUCUCUGUGGUAUUUAUGUUCAGGAGGAACACACUGCGCAGGCUUAUAUCUGUGUUGGCCAACGACUAUGACAAAGAUGCAAAGCAGUUGAAUGGAACUCACAAGUCUCGUGUUCACUCAAAAGAAGAGGUAUCUUCGAUGCACAAACAGUUUCAAACAGAGUUUUCUGACAUAGCUUUGUUUUGUUAG